GUAGCAUUUAAUCAACGGUAACAAUAAAAAUAUUUAUAAAUUAUAAAUUAUUUAUACUAAAGUUAAUUUAUUUUUGUUGAAGAUGAUGGAUUUGGAUGAGCAAAUACAAGUUGUUUAUACAUGUGGCGUUUGCAAUAUAAUUGUCGAGAUUAUAGAAACUCAUUCAUGUAUUGAAUCUUACGGAAAAAUAUAUUUCGAUGAUAAUAAUUACUUCUAUCCGAUGACAGAUACUGGAGCUAUCAUUCGUCGAAGUUUAUUAAAUGAUGGAACUGAAGCGGUAGUUGAAGAUGUUGAUGCAGAAAAUCAAAAUCCUAACGUAUCCGGAAAAAAGAACUCCUUAAAAAAAGCAGUACCAUCAAAAUCUCCUCAGCGACCGGUUUCUACGAAACGAAGCGAAAAGUUAGACGAUAUUGACAUUGAGCUUCUCAUUCUUGAGGUUGAGAAGAGAAUCCCAUUGUGGAACUUCACAAUCCCGAUCGAAGAACGAAGUAGAGAAACGGUCUCAAAUUUGUGGGAAGAAGUUUCGACAGCACUGAAUGAAAAAUUAGUGGCCUGGACGUUAAAAAAAAGUUUAAAAGCUUGAGAGAUGUAUACCGACGAAUAAUUCAUGCUGAACAACUACCAAGUGGCUCUGGACGCGUUAACCAAAAAGAGAAAUGGAAAUUUUACGCCCAAAUGGAAUUUUUACGGGAUACUUGCCUUGUUCGACCAACAAGUAGUAAUGUUAGCCGAGUUGUCGAAGGGGAGCAUGACGAAAAUGAAUGUGAUCAAUCGAUCGAUUUAAGUGAGAUCGUCGAGGAACAAGUCACUGAAGAGAGCAGUCAAACGCUUGAUGUUCAGCCAAAUAAAAAACCAAAGAGACGUUCUACAAAAGAUGAUGAUACGAUUAUCAUACUUAAUCGUAUUGCCGAUGCAAUUGCGAAAGAAGAACCACCCCCUGUAUUA